CUAAUGAAAGAUAAGAAUAGAUAAAAAUACAUGUGACACCCCCAAAUCAGUAGAAACACCCCUUGAGAGACUGCAGGUACAUAAAUAUUAUGCAAAAAGUCAUUUUUUACUUAUACAAAAAGCAAAUAAUAAGCUUACGUGCAGUCCUGAUGAAAAACAAAAUUAAGCAUUUCUUUUCCUGAAAUGAAGAAACCCUGGUGGCCUUUACAACAGAUCUCUAUCUCAUUUCUACAAACACUAUAACUUCCACCUCUCCCUUCCUCAGGUGGCUUUUAGAGCUGCAUUCUGAUCAAGAACACCUGCUAAGAAUGUGGGGGGAAAGAUAACGUUACUGCAAAUAUUAAAGGGAAUAUGGUCAUCGAAACAAUUCAAAACAGAAACUGCACGGACUCGGUUCAUACCAUGAGGAGUGGUGCAACGUGCUUUUGUCAGACAGUUGCUUUACGUUAUUCAUUGUCUCCUUACUAGAAUUCCUGAGGUUAUUAGCUCAGAAGAUUCAUAGAAGUGCAUCUCCAGACACUCACAGCAGCAUACCCUGUUUCAAAAGGCAGGUGGUUUUCCUUCUGCGGAUGCUAGCUCUGCCAACUCUGCGCCAGGACACACUGUGAGGUGGAAUGACACACGUUUCCUACUCUUCAGUUGGGAAUACAGCCUGCUCCACCCGCACUCCCAGCAGGAGACCCAAGCAGUCCUGUUUCACCGCCGUUUUGAUGCUUUAACUUGAAGUCCAGUCCAGCCAGGACAUCUUGGUUUGCUCUCAGGACCCACCUGCUAACUUGCCUUCCUCAGUAAUGGCACUGUUUCUCCUUUAAGGGAGGAAUUCACACUCGGGAAUUACUUGAUUUCAUAGAACCGUAGAAUCAUUUGAGUUGGAAGGGACCCUUAAAGGCCACUUAGUCCAGCUCCCCUGCACGGAACAGGCGUCCCUCAUGCACUCAUUACAGUGGGAAGGCGAAGGGACGGGCGGCAGAAACGCGCCAAGCUCGGCACGGACCUCACGGAAGGCCACGCCGACAGACCGCCGGCCGCAGGUAAAGCAAGGCGCGGCACAGCACGGACGGGUCGUGCCGAGCCCUGCCCUGCCGCCGGCGACCGCUGGGGGCUCCCGCCGCCGCGGCGCGGCCCGCCAUUGUCGGGGGCAUGGAGGGCGAGAGCACGUCGGCUCUGCUCUCGGGCUUCGUCUUCGGCGCCCUCGCCUUCCAGCACCUCAGCACCGACUCGGACACGGCUUUCUCCUUGGAGAUGUGAAAGGUGAGGCCAAGAACAGCAUCACGGACUCACAGAUGGACGAUGUGGAAGUGGUUUAUACAAUCGAUAUACAGAAACAUAUUCCAUGCUACCAGCUGUUCAGCUUUUAUAAUUCUGCAGGAGAACUCAAUGAACCAGCCCUGAAGAAAAUACUAUCAGGCCGUAAGAAGAGUGUAAUAGGAUGGUACAAAUUCAGACGCAACACAGACCAGAUCAUGACAUUCCGGGAAAGACUUCUACAUAAGAACUUGCAGUCGCACCUAUCAAACCAAGGCCUUGUAUUCCUUCUAUUAACUUCUAGUGUGAUGACAGAAAGCUGUUCAACUUACAGGCUAGAACAUGCCUUACACCGGCCACAAGAAGGUCUUUUUCAGAAAGUUCCUCUAGUUGUUACCAACUUGGGUAUGGCAGAACAGCAAGGUUACAGAACAGUGUCUGGUUCCUGUGCAUCUUCCCGCUUUGUGAGAGCAAUAAGACAACACAGGUCAGAAUUCUUUUAUGAAGAUGGAUCCUUACAAGAGGUUCACAAGAUAAAUGAGAUGUAUGCCACCUUGCAGGAGGAACUGAAGAAAAUAUGUUCUGAUGUAGAAGUCAGUGAACGAUCUGUAGAGAAACUCCUAACAGAGGUGAGCCAAUUAAAAGAAGAAAUCAAUAGAAAAAAGCAACACAAGAUCUCUUUGGGAGGGAACAGAGAUCACCUAGAAGAACCAAAGGAGAAUGUUUUGCUUUGUCAGGCACUGAAAACAUUUUUCCCCAAUUCUGGACUUCAGACAUGUAUUGUUUCCUUCGAAGGAAGGAUCUCUAAGAACUGUUGUAAGAUUGACCAUAAUAUUAGUAUCAUGGAUAAAUUGACUCUCAUGGUGGAGGAAAGGGACUUCACUGAAGCUGAAACAAAACUAGUAACCAAGCGCAAAGUCAAAGACACCACAACAGGACCAAAAUCAUUUAAGAAAUUAAGAUCACUGCAACUUGACCAAGAACUACGCCAAGAUGAAGAGGACAGCAACCAAGAAACAAAGCUUGCACUGAGUAGCACUGAAACAGAUGAGGAAGCAUUGGAAAAUCCCAAAGAUACAAAUGAAUAUUCAUACUCUCCCACUUUCUGAUCACUUAAUGAUUUGCCCAGAUGUAUUUGUACAAAAAGCAAUUGCCAGCAUAUUUAAGUGACAUAAAUUACUGCACUGCAGGGAUGGAAAUAGCUUACUGAGUUCUUGUAAAGUACAAAGAUGUAUGUUUAAAUACUCAAAUCCUUUUUGGCCUAAGUCAAGCAGAGUCUAGAAGACAUUCCUUAAUUUUGCCUUGCAGAGUGAAGUCUGUAUUCUCUAUCUCAGGGUUCUAAAACUAUGCUAGCACUGUGUUAGCAUUCCAAUAGUCUCACUUAAUGCCUCGGUGAUAGAAUUUCAAGCUGCUGCUGAAGAUUUCAGGACCACUCCAACAAUAAGCAUCUCCUCAGCAGAAGGUGAUAUGCAGAACAUCAAAUCAAAUGUACCUUACAAAUAGCUGUUUAUAUAAAACAAAGGUUUUUAAUACUUUUACUUAUCCUUAGCUAUCUGGUACUUAAUUGACCCUUUCUGAAAUGGAAGGGAAAAAUGAACUUCAGCAGGACCUCUGGAUAAGUUUAGUGGUCUGUACAUCUAGGGGGAAAACAUUAUCAACAAAUCAGUUCACUCCUUACACUCCCCAAGGGUAAACAGUCUAGAAUGAUAAUCCUCUCAACUCAGUAUCUAUCCUAAGGGGUGCACUGUAUUCUUAGAGAACACCACAUGUUGGUCCAUAGGAAGGCAGCAAGUUUGUCAAUAACAUCUUAUUGACCUGCACAGCUGCAAUUUGGCAGAGAGGGUACCCAUUCUACCUCAGAACUCUUCGGGUUUUUAGCCUCUUCACAGUGGAAGUUUGGCUGCCAGGGGGCACUUCUGUGUGGUUCAGAGCUUCCUUUAGUUGUCAGGGGUACUUAUAUUUUGUUCAUCGGGGCAACAGCACAUGCAUAGCACAUCCCCCUCCCAUUGGGUAAUCAGCAGUUGAACACACAGUUGUCACACGGUGGACUGCUAGGUAUGCACGCUGACUGCAUGGUGGUCCUCUCCUCAGAGAGGACCCCCACAAAUCAGAUUGAACGCCCACAAAGAGCAACAGCUGAAAAGGGUUUCUCCUGGUCACCUACCAGUAUUUCUCUUCUCACUGUGAAGAUA